AUGCAAUCCCAAUUAACGCGGAGGGUCUUCCGAGCCAUUCUCAACAACGAGCCGCUCUCGUUCUCUCAAUGCCGCAACCUCCGACCAUCUCGAUCCCAGAGGGUGACAUCUGGUCAUUCUUACGUCCAGCGACGCGGCUUGUUUGCUUUCAAUUUCAACACCCCUACUGCUCCGCCGUCGUCGACACUGCCGUCCGAGGUUGGAUUGAAGCCAAUGCGCGAUUUGGGUGUUUCACUACGAAAUAAAAGCAGACAACCAGACGCCGAUACAUUAGCGAAAGCCUUCCAGGACUUUUUCGAAGCACGCGCGGGGGAGCCAGGAGUUAUCACUCAGUUCCAAGCGCAAUUGGUCAGUACGACAUGGAAUCAUCUGCGGUCUCUUGAGGGGUCCUUGGAACCAGAGGAUUGGCAAAGGGUUUUCUCUGAUGAGAACUUGGAAAACGUGUUGUAUGUGUUAUCCAAAGCAGAAUGCCUAUCGUGGGCUCGUGGGGAGGUACGGCUGCUUGCCCGCUCCGUAUUUCACGCGCUUUGCGAGGACCCCGGCUCUAGACGAGACCGAGUCAGUCAGCUUGCAAUUCUCUCCUACAUUGAUAUACAAGCCCUCAAUGGGGACCCGGCUGAGGCGCGACGCGUAGUCGAGGACUUUUGGAGUAGACUGAGCAGGCAAAGUCCUUCACCUUGGCUGGCAGUAAUAAGAGGAUUCGCGCUACUGGAUGAUGACAAACAGCAAAUCAAGCGUAUCAUUCAGAAAAUCGACGAUUACGGUAUUCAUAUUGAUCCGGUCUCCCAGGAAGGUCUAAUCCAGUUCCUGGUCGAACAAGAUCUCCUGGAUGCGGUGAAGGUGGUCUACGAAUGCCCUUUGUCUGGAUGUCAAGAGCCCAAGCUGUCGACAAAGAGAAACACUCUGAAGUAUGCUAUACUAAAAAAUGAUAGGGCUUGGGCGAAGCUAAUUAUCAAGUCCCUCCCAUCAUCCGGCCGUGCUCCAAAGACUAUUGGGGUUCGACUACUUUGGGAUGCCGCACAAGGGAGAACUGCGUCACAAAUUGCGAAGACGGUCCAAUCUCUCGUGACAGAGAGGCCAAACCUCUGGUCUUCUCUUUCGAUCACAUGGGUGAACGACUUGAUGGAGUAUGCGAACGCAGAUAACAAGCCCGAAUUGGCCAUGGAAUAUAUGGCAUUGGCACCUGGAUGGGGCCUUGUUCCCAAUUCGCAAACCCAUUUACUACAUCUUGAGUCAUGUAUUCUAGCUCAUGACUUGGAUGGCUUGCUAAAAUCUCUAAAGGGGUUGGAGACUCUGGAUACUACCGGACCGGGAACUCUUCCUUUGAUGAACAAACUUAUCAAGAUGCUUUGCUCGUCAGGACAAGAUAACGCCGUCUUUGACCACAUCUCGUCUCUUCUUGAUCCACUUUUUGAUAACAACGUGCGCUUUGAAGCCGACACACUCGCGGCUUUAACGCACAUGCUUCUCUAUCGCCACGAUCUGCAAGCCGCCUCCGAGUUACUUCGCUCUCGCCUAGGAUCCUACGAUGCAGAGGAAAGACACACUAUUCGUAGCGCAUUGACAAACUUCAUUCAAGAUCCCAACCAGGAAAGUGAGCCCGCCUGGGAGGCAUACAUGCUACUGCAGCUCGCGUUUCCAGAAACAGGAGUAGGCGUGCGAAGCGAGCUCAUGACCUCCUUUUUCCAACGCAACCGAAGUGACCUCGCCUUCCUCGUCUUCGGCCACAUGCGCCAAGCCGAGGAUUUGUCGCAGCGCCCCAAACCAGACACAUAUGCCCGCUGCUUCCGAGGCAUCGCCCAAACACACGACACAAAACACCUCGAACUCGUCCACAACAUGCUCAAGCUAGACACCAAAGUCGACCUAAACACGCGUCUCCUCAAUACGCUCAUGCUGGCAUACGCGGAAUGCGAAAUGUCCGAAAAAAGCAUGCAGAUCUUCCGUGACAUCCUUCAGUCCGAGGAAGGUCCAUCACAGCAGACUCUUUCCUUAUUCUUCAAGGCUUGCGAAAAACACCAGAACGGCACAUAUGAGGCCCUGAAGUUAACGGAGAAGAUGAAGCGCCUUGGGAUCGCUUUUGAUCCCAAACUAUAUACAGCCUUUGUUAGGGCGCUGGCUGCGCAGUGCGAAUUCGACCUCGCUACGGAGGCUCUGAAUGCCAUGAAAAGAGUGACGGGACAUGCGCCUACCUAUACAUCGAUUGGGCACCUAUACAACUCCAUUCCCUUCCAACACUGGAAAGACGAAGUCGAGGAAUGGGCAAAGGCCCGGCAUCCCGACCUCUGGGCGCAGUUAGAGAAAAUUGAUCGCGAGGAACAUGAAGAGGGCCUGAAGUUCAACCUGCCCGGCAAGAGCGACUCGCAGAAUCUGAACGGGGGCUUGCGGUAA